CCCGUGUCCCUCCUCCUCCUCCUCUUCCUCCUCCUCCUCCUCUUCCUCCUCCUCCUCCUCUUCCUUCUCCCCCUUCCGCUACCCCCCUAACCACCCGUCCUCCCAAUCAGGAGGGUGUGGGUUCCCUGCAACGUCCUCUCCCUCAACAACAACAACAACAGCAGCCGCCGCACCAACGCCGCCGGCGGGGGCAGCGCCGAGUCAUGCCCGACGACCCAUUUGGAGACGGUGCCGGUUGCGGGCGCGGCUUCAGAGGUGGUGGAGGCGAUGAGGGCGGUGUGGAGAAAGCUGCGGAUGAGGAGGAGGAGGCCGUGUACGACAAUGAGGGCGAUGGUGGUACGGCAGGCGGGUGGGGUACGGCCCCCGAGGCGGUGCUGCAUGUGGAGCGGUUGAGCCAGCUGAGCAUGCAGGGCCUGCUGCACGUGGACCCCCCCUCGCUGUACGGCCUGCAGAUCUUCGCCACGGAGCGGCACCCCUCGCGCAUGGGCAUCGGGACCGCCAAGGAGGGGUUCAGUUUGUUCGGGCUGGCCAACCGCUGCGUAACCAAAAUGGGCAAGCGGAUGCUGCGGCUGUGGUUCAUGCGCCCAAUCAUAAACCUGGACGUCAUCCGGGACCGACAGGACACCAUUGAGCUGCUGCUGCAGCCGGGCGGCCCGGGUGCGGCGGUGGCGGCAGCACUGGGG